CUAUUUCACAUUUUCGAAAACUGACAAGCUCCAAAUUUGAAAACAUUGGAGAGAGAUGAAGGAAAUUCAAAUUCCCAGGAAAAGCUUCGCGCGCUCAUCAGAACUCGGAGCUAAGAGACUCAAGGAUCCUGAGAUGAAGAAUCGGAAGGUUACGACGGAGAAGAGACAGAUCGCAACAUUUUCCGACGUAUCUUUUGAAAGCACGAAGGAUCCGAUGGAUUUUAGUCCGAUCUCUCAGAUUUCUGGUGCGAUCUCUGAUUCCGAGGCUGAGAGUGUUAUUCAAGGAUCGAGCCUAGACUUAAUGUCAACCCCAGAGAUUUGUCUUCCGGCUGAUGAUUCUCCAGUUUCAACCAUUACUAGUGUGGAGGCUCGUAUUGACACGUCUUCUACUGAUCGGAUCCAGUCGAUUGUGGACUUGCCCGCUUCUGUGCAAUCCUUGCGUGGGGAGAUCAAUGAGCUGAAAAAACUGAUCUGUUCAGUUGACAAUUCUGCAGAAAUUAACUGGGUCGAUAGAGUUGUUACUGUGAAAUUCCGCAUUGUGCUUUUGAGUUUCAUUCUUUGGGCUAUCUUAGCUGCGAUUGUGGUCUUCUUCAGCUCAGGAGAGGAACGUGCUUACCGUGGACCACUUCCAACAUGAUUCUUCAAGGAUUUGGCUGCUAUCACUGUGAGAAACCAGGGACAAAAAAUCAACUACUUCUGAUGAAGCGAAACACAUAGAAGUUGGAAAUAUCAUUUGAAAAAAGAAAAAACUACACAGGGAAAGAAAAAAAAGCCGUAAAGAGAGGCAGUGCCACUAACCCUACAUCGCACAUGCAUUUCGUUUGGUAUAUUACUUUAUGCGUAAAGUAGUAUUUUAAAUACAAUUCCAAUAUUUACGAAAUCAUUGCACUGAAUACAAAAUCCAAAGUUUUGAGUUUUUGGCCCCUCUCUUUUUGCCCUGUCAGUCCAUUAAACGACCACUAUAAGUCGUAAAUGGAUUUCUCCAAUAGUAAUAUGACACGUCAUCCUUUCGUUUGAAUCUACCUUCCUCCUCCAUUCCACCAAAGUAUCGGCCUUUAUACAAGUUUGUUUGUUUUCUCUUUUCGUAAACAUCUUUAGAUAUCAAUAAGCUAAUUUAGUAAUUAAGAUUGUACCCUAAAUUGAUUGGAAACUAUCGUUAUGGAUGCUCUACCCACAUUAGGAUCUUUGUAGCAUUUCUAUUAUGUAUUUUACUCUCUAUUUAGAUUAUGUCUACAAAAGAUCGAAAACUCGUGAUUGUAAGAAAUUUUGUAUAUAAAUUUCUUUCUAAAAUCUCUGUCAAGAGGGUAAGUUUAAAAAAAUAAUUGUGAACUAAUCAACGUGGAACAAAACUUUUUAAGUAUAAUCAUAAUUCAUAAACAUUGCUUCAAGUCACAAUGAUGUCUCUGUCUCUCAUUAUUCCAAAACCAUUAGAGGUUAUAGAGCCAGUUAAUUAUAACUUAUCAAUUCCACUAGUGUUGAGAAUGAAAUUAUUUGUUUCU